AUGAUAUAUUUCACGAUGUUGGGAGCUGUUGAUGCAGCAGUGGGCCAUGUAAAGGGAUCUGUCACUUGGGAAGAAUGGGAGGAGCUUGUCUGGCUCUUUGAGCAGCUAUCUAUUGGAUCAAUACCACAGGAUGCCGACCAUGUCAAGGAGAGACCUACUAAUACCAUGGAUAUCGAUUUCGCUUUCGACAAAAUAUCCACGGCACCUCUCCGAACUCGCGCGUUGUCUAGGAAACCACCUUCUGUGCUCCACAACUUCAACCCAAAGCACUAA